AUGCAACGAGCAAGGGCUAUAGUCUUGACCCGUAGCUGUAGUCCUCGAGCACAACGAGAAGGUGCUGCAGUGGACCAUGGUGCUGAUCAUCCACCUCAAGCACAAGGAGAAGGCUCCGUCACUGCAGAACUUGACGACGGCCAUCAUCCUCAGACUUCAAGAAGACGAAUGGACCUUGGGGAUUACGUGCAAAAAGCAAGGGAUUUUGUCAAGGACCAUCAUCGUCAUGCACAAGGAGAAUGUGAUCGAGUGGACCUUGAGGCCAACCAUCGCCUUCAAACACGACAACAAGGUGGCUCAGUGGACCUUGAGGAUGAGGCAUAUCACAAGCUAUUUGUGGAUCUUGCAUCCCCGUAUCCUAAUCGGCUUGGUGUCCUAAAAGCCUUCUGGGUUCUUGAUGAGAAACUAACUUAUGCACUGUUAGAGAAAUGGCUAUCCGACACGUUCAACCUUCUCUACACCAAAAUGAAGAUGGUUCGCUCCUUCUGGGGUAACUCAAAAGGCAAAAAAGACCCAAGUUUGUUGGAAUUCCUUCCUGCCUUCGUAAGGUUAGCAGCUAUAGCCCUGCCAUUAGCAGCCAUCGGGCUCUUCCACAACAGUCACAGGGAAUCUUAUAAUGAUCAGGAUGUCAAUGUUACAAUUGCCCUGUUUACCUGUACCGCGUUGCUGGAGGCAUAUGCCUAUGCCUCUCUUGGUUUUGGUGAUUUCAAAUUGUCUCGCUCGGUUUCCCAAUAUAGCCUCAUAGGAUUCUUUGCCCGCAACCAAAGGCACACAAUGAUGAUGAGCAUCUUGAGUUUCUUUGGAGGAAAGGACUUCCUUGACCAGCAUUGGUGCAUGUGGCCCCGUGACUCAUCCAUUGCCAUUAUAGGGUUGGUUCUGAAGUAUGUGAAGAAAGGGUGGGCACAACAAAUAAAUGAUGACAAGGAUUACUUGAAGUUCAACCAUUCCAGAGGCCAGCGGACUCUUGAGAUCAAUAAGUGUGAAGUCCUGGGUUGGAGCUUAAGGAGGCCGUUCGACGAGAGUGUCCUUCUCUGGCACAUCACCACAUAUUUCUGCUUCUACAUGGUCGCACGGAGGCAGGAGGAGAUAUCUCCUCCAUUAUCUAAAAAAACUACAUGGGCGCAUCAGCUGAUUACCAGUGUGCCACUGCUCAAUGUAACCAAGAUGAUGCCUCUGUUCAACAUCACGGUAGUGCUGCAUGGUGUGAAAGCUCCCCUUGUCAUGAAAGACCUGAUUGUUGCAGACAAAUGUCCAAUUACAUGGCAUACCUACUGUUUGUCAAUCCUGAGAUGCUCAUGGCAGGCACCCGACGGUUUCUGUUAA